AUGGUAUCGGAAGGUGCAUCUACCGCUCUUGGUACAGUGGCCACCAUAUGUUGGUGUGUCCAAUUAAUUCCUCAAAUUAUCUCUAACUGGAGGAAGAAGGACUGUACCGGUCUUCCACCGCUGAUGAUGUUUUUAUGGGUUGUUUCAGGGAUCCCCUUUGCGAUCUAUUUCUGUAUUAGUGCACCCAAUGUCAUCUUACAAGUGCAGCCCCAUCUUUUCAUGGUUUUCUGCGCGGUCAGUUUUGCGCAGACCUGCUACUAUCCGCCAUGCAAGAUGACAAGAUGGAAGAUCGUUGCAAUCAUGCUGGGGAUUGUGUUGACUGACAUUGGGAUGGAAGUCGGCUUCAUCUUGUGGUUGAGACCCCUGUACGAAAAGGGUACUACUUGGCCAGAUUUGAUUUUCGGUAUCUUGGCUUCCGCACUGCUAGGUAUCGGCUUACUGCCUCCUUACUUUGAAUUGAUCAAAAGGAAGGGGAGAGUCGUUGGUAUCAACUUUAUGUUCCUUUUCAUUGAUUCUCUAGGUGCCUGGUUAUCCAUUGCCUCUGUUAUAGUGGGUACUAUGGACGUAAUGGGUAUCAUACUGUACAGUAUCAUUGCGGGGAUGGAAAUUGGAAUCUUCUUGUCCCAUUUUAUCUGGUGUUGCCGAUUCAAAUGGUUUACAAAGGAAAAAUUUGUUGAUUCAGACGAGAAUAUUAGCGAAUUACGUGAAACUGGCGACGAAAGUUUCACGAACAUUGACAAAGAAAGCGGGUUCACUAACGAGCAUUACGAGACCAUUCACUCCACAUUGAAAGGCGCAUCCUAUUACAGAGACAAAACCAGGGAAUUGCAUCCUGACGAGGAUGACGAGGAGGACUUUUACUAUGAAAAUGGUCCAAGGGAAUACGAAUUAGAGGAUGUUAAAGAUUUUAACCGUAACACCUGCAAUGUCCACGCAAUCCAUGGAAUCAUCUUGCAAAGGGGUCCCAGCGAAGUUGGCACUUCUGGUAGUAUCAAAAUAUGA